UCAAUACCUUUAUGGGCACACCAAUGGUAUUAAUGAAAUAUCACAUGCCAUGAGACAUGAAUUGAAUUUUGCGUUCAUGCCCCUUACCAGUCUCAUUGUUGCAAAAUUUGCAGCUCAUCCCCAGAUGGAUGUUGAGGAACCUAACCAGAAUGUUGAACAAGAACAGUUGGUUUGUAAGAUCUGUCCUUCAUCAGGUCCUUUAGAGGGUGGAGGGGAUUUCCAGAUAUCUUGGAAAAAAAAAUCUCUAGAGCACAUUCAACCUGGAUAUGCCUAUUUUGGAACUGAGGUGGUAUUUUUAACAAAGUAUAAUGAGUCAGUCUUGGAAGGGAAAAUUCCAGCUGGCCAAGAACCAGGUGAGGUUGAAGUGCGUGUGUUUUCAGACACUUAUGAGUUGUUGGGUGAAACCAAAUUUGAGUAUGAAGAUGCGAUAAACACAUUUGUCUCCCAAGCACUGCAGCAUGGCCUAGAGUGGGUGUCUAACGUGUUUGUUCAGACAGUAAAACGUGUGUGCAGUCAGAGCUCAUCCGUGAAACAGGGCUCAUCCGCCAAGCAAAAUUCAGGGCAAGCAACAGGUGCUCUGAAUGAUGGUUGUCAAGACAGAUCUUUACCAGGGGCGAAUACUGUCAUGGAAGACGAGUUUGAAGACCUGGCGCAACACUUUCAAGAUAUAGUGAAAUGGUUAUCAGAGCAAAGCUUCCACCCAGUUCAUUCUAAUACGGAUAUAUGGUUGAAACUUUCAAAUGCUGUUGAUAAGCUGUGCAGAAAAUUGGGUUUUUCCGAUAAUUUUAAGGGCAAUCAACAGACAUGCCCUCAAGAGAGGGAAGAAAACUACUUUGCUGAUACUGAGAAUUCUCCAUAUAUGCUGUCUGAAGAUGACAGCACUUCACUGUCUGAUCCAGAUAACUGGAGUGAAACUCCCAAUGAAUUGCCAUCCAAGUCAGGAGAUGAUGUAAAGGAAACUUGGAAGACAAGCACUGCCCCAGACCAUUGCCCAGAAAAGAGUUUUUCACCUCCUCUGGAAGAUAAACCAAGUGACACUACAAGGGAAGUGAAAGAUAAUAAAGAAGAGGAUCUAUAUCCAGAAGUUGUUAAAGCUGCAGAAAGUAUGGUUACAGGGCAUCAAUUUCGUCCAAACAACCUAACAGCUGGUCAAGCCAAUGUUGUGUAUCGAGAUGGGCAGAACGUCUUGGAAAACAGGAGUUUGUCUUGUGCUGGGUUUUCACCAUCAUUACUUGAUACAAGUAGCCUAGAAACUGCGAGCCAAUUUCAGCAAGUCAUUCCAUCUGAUGCAUAUGGUAUGGAUGAAGAGAAAAAAAAUGGCUCAGUGUUAAAGAUUGAAACAGAUCCUCGUCUAAACUCCGAUGACGUCAGUGCAAGUGGUUUACCAGCAGUGACUUUAAGGUCUUCAUGGGUUCUCUAUUCUGAAGAAAGAACCUCCCAUACUCUGUCAGCAUCACGUGAUGAUACCCCAGUGCCUUGUCGUGAUAUUCCUGCCCUAAAUGUAGAGAAUGGAGAAAGUCAGUACCAGGAUGAUGCACUUUUUAAACCACCUUACACAAAUGCUAUACCAAAACCUUCAGAAUCAAUUAUUUCUGUAACUUCAAACCAGCAAUCAACAGCACAUCCUGGACCAAUUACUCAAGAGGUAGCUCAAUCUCCCCUAAGCAACCCUUUGUGGAACAGAGACAGCAAAUUAAACAUGGCCCCUCCACAGUGUAGUGAUGAGGAAACACACUCAGGUCAGGAAUGGGAAGAAUCAGUAGGGGAAGGUCUCGCCAGUUGGUUUGAUCUUUGUGAGAAUGAAGAUGCUGGAAAGGAUGAGCAUUCAAGAUGGGAAAUGUCAUCUAUGGAACCAAAUAAGACUGAUGGAAGUGUGGAGAGAGAUGUCUUUGAUUCAGAGGAAGGUUUAAACCAAGGACAGAGGCUCUUUUCUGAACAAGGGAACUCGCAUAUUCACCUACCAUUACCAGAUGAUGCCUCUGUUCAGAGUCGUCGUCCUGAAGUGGAGAAUAAAGAGAGCCAGGUGUGUUUGUUAUGUAUAGUUGGAAGUUAGAUCCUUGAGGGCAGA